AUGGGACCCAGAGCCGCGACGCUCACAUGCCUGUCGCGCACCAAGGCGCUGCUUGUGCAACAGGAGGGAGCUGAGGGCGUCAAUGUGCUCCUCAAGGGCAGCGCCUGCGUCCUCGCCAUUGGCGACGAGGUCGUCGUCAUGGACCGUGCGGCACUGGCCGGCGCGGCGCCCCCAGGCGAGCUGCCAGAGGAUGCAGCGCUCGCCUUCAUGCUGGCAGAGGCGCCGCCCGGCUCCGCCGCCGCUGCAGCCGCGGCCGCCGCCGGUGGUCACGGCGCUGGCGGCGCCGCGCCGAGCAGCUCACAGCAGCUGGCACCGAGUGCGGCGGCGGCGGCGGCCGCGGCAGCGGCGACGGGCGCUGGAGCCACAGGAAUCGGCACGUUGGUGAAGGCGGAGCCGGGGCUCGCGGCUGCAGGCUCGGCCGAUGCGCCCUUUGCCCCGCCUCCUCCUGCGCUGGCUGCGCUUGUGGCCGCACCCCAGGCUGCGCCGUCUCUGGCAGCAGCCUCGCACGGCGACUGCCCGCCGGCCUUGCAGGCCCUGCCUGCAGCUGGCCGAGGCACCGAAAGCACCGACGCUGCCGCAGAUGCCACUGAAGCACGUUCACCAGCUCCUGGCACAAAAGCCAUCGGGGACGGCGGUGCUGAUGACACAGAUGUUCAGCAAGGCAUGGACUCCGGGGACCUGAACACUGCAGCGCAGGGCCCCUCAGCAGCCCCGCUCGUCCCGGUGCUGCCCGUCCAGCCGCCGCAUGCGACCCCUCCGCAAGCGACGUCCCCGGUGCGCAGCGGCGGCGUCCCGCCCGCGACCCCCGCAUCAGGCGCCAAGCGCGUUGCGCCGCCCGGUGAUGAGGAGCUGCCGCCCGCUGUGCGCGUCAAGACUGACCCAGAUGCCACAGACGGCGCGGGCACGGGCGGCGAAGGCGGCCGCGCCGGCGGCGGCGGGGCCAAGCCGCCCCCGCUGGACCCGCUGCAGGAGGUGCCCGCGCAGUGCGCUGCGGUCGCAUCAGAGCUCCGUGCCGUGCUAUUCGGCGGCGGCGAAGCGCCCACCGGGGCAGGGCCCUCUGACGCCUCGACAUCGAGCGGAGCGGGCAGCCUGCCCCCCAAGUCGCGCAUGGCCGGCCCCGAGAUGUCGCGGCUGUGGGACAAGGAGCUGCGGGAGCUGGAGGCGGGCAGCGCUGGCAUGCCACGCGUCAUCAUCGGCGUCGUCGGGGACACGGGGUCAGGCAAGAGCAGCCUGCUCAACGCGCUGCUGGGAGAGGACAAUAUACUGCCGACCAACGGCAUGCGCGCCUGCACAGCAAGCGUGAUCGAGGUGUCGUACGCGGCGACAGGGCGCUACGUGGCCGAGAUCGAGUUUGUGUCGCGCGAGGAGUUUGACCAGCUGCUGACACAGGCCCUGGAGGACCUCAAGGCAUGA